UCCUCUCUCUCUCCUCUCUGUAUUUGUUUGGGUUUCUCUCUGUCCUUCAACUUCCCGAACCUCCAUUAACAGCCAUUAGCCAUACCCUUUUUUCUCUCUACGUUUCCUCCGGAUCUCCCAUUUUCUCUCUCCUUGUUCCUCCUCCUCCUCUUCUUCUUCUUCCUCCUCCUCUUCUUCUUCUUCUUCUUCUUCUUUUUCUACUUUCAAUCUCAUAUGAUACCCAAAAUCAUUGCCCCCGCUCUGUUCUUUUCUUCUCCCUCUGUCCCUUAAUCCUCCUCCAUUUCUCGGCGUCGAGAGCUCCACGCCCCCACCAUCCCUCUUCUCCCAGCUCUCGAUCCGAAUCCACAAUCCCUAAUCCCUAAUUCCGGGAUUUUCUUGACCUAAUUCGACCACUGAUUUGAUUUUUGAUUUUUGAUUUUGUUGGGGGGCAAAAAUGGAGAACAUAGCGGCGCAAUUGAAGAGGGGAAUAUCGCGGCAGUUCUCGACGGGGUCGCUACGGCGGACGCUGAGCAGGCAGUUCACGAGGCAGUCGUCGCUUGACCCGAGGAGGAACAAUCUCCGCUUCAGCUUCGGGAGGCAGUCGUCGCUUGACCCCAUCCGCCGAUGUCCCGACGACGACAACGAGCUCUCGGUGCCGGAGAAUCUGGACUCCACCAUGCAGCUGCUGUUCAUGGCCUGCCGAGGUGACGUCAGGGGAGUCGAGGACUUGCUCAACGACGGCACCGACGUUAACAGCAUCGAUUUGGAUGGCCGCACUGCCCUCCAUAUCGCCGCCUGCGAAGGCCACGCCGACGUCGUCAAGCUCUUGCUCAGCCGUAAGGCCAAUCUCGACGCCAGAGAUCGCUGGGGGAGUACGGCAGCAGCAGAUGCAAAAUAUUAUGGAAAUACCGAAAUUUACAACAUUCUGAAGGCGCGUGGAGCGAAAGUUCCGAAAUUUAGGAAGACACCAAUGACAGUAGCUAAUCCUAGGGAAGUUCCAGAGUAUGAGCUUAAUCCAUUGGAGCUUCAGAUUCGAAGGAGUGAUGGUAUCUCGAAGGGGGCAUAUCAAGUUGCCAAAUGGAAUGGUACAAAAGUUGCAGUCAAGAUUCUUGAUAAAGAUUGCUACUGCAACCCGGAUUCUAUAAACGCAUUCAAACAUGAGUUGACAUUAUUGGAAAAGGUCCGACAUCCUAAUGUAGUUCAGUUUGUUGGAGCCGUUACCCAGAAUUUGCCCAUGAUGAUUGUUUCAGAAUACCAUCCAAAGGGUGAUUUAGGUUGCUAUCUUCAAAAAAAAGGACGUCUCUCUCCGUCUAAAGCUCUAAGAUUUGCCCUCGAUAUUGCUAGGGGAAUGAACUAUCUUCAUGAAUGCAAACCGGAUCCAAUUAUCCACUGUGAUUUAAAGCCAAAAAAUAUUUUGCUGGAUAAUGGAGGACAACUCAAGGUGGCUGGUUUUGGAUUGAUAAGAUUGUCAAAAAUUUCACCUGACAAAGCAAAGCUAGCUCAGCCAGUAAUGAUUGACAAUUCAAACUUGUACUUAGCACCUGAGAUUUACAACGAUGAAAUUUUUGCCAGAAGUGUCGAUGCAUUUUCGUUCGGUCUCAUUCUAUACGAGAUGGUUGAGGGUAUUCAGCCAUUCCAUCCCAAGCCUCCAGAAGAGGUUUCCAAAGCUAUUUGUGUAGAAGGAAAGAGACCUCCCUUUAAGGUCAAAUCAAAAAGUUAUCCACCUGAUCUAAAAGAGUUAAUCGAGGAAUGCUGGGAUCGGGAACCUGUCGUGAGGCCUACUUUCUCUGAAAUUAUUGUAAGGUUGGAUAAAAUAGUUGCCAACUGCUCAAAACAAGGAUGGUGGAAAGAUACGUUCAAGCUCCCCUGGAAAUAAGAAGGUAUAUAGGGAACUCAACCCACUGUCUUCAGAAGGGGGCAAAGUGAUUAGGAAUGAAGGAGACAAAACUCAGAACAUGGGGGAAAGCUUCAUUGUUGAGAUUAAGAACACCAUUAAUGAUAUUCAAAGCUUUUUUCUUAGGCUUUUUAUUGUUAUUUUUCCUUUUUUUCCCCCCUCUCUCUCUCUUCUCCUCUUUUCCAAUGUAAAGAGAGAAUAUCAUUUGUUCCAAAUUAAUAAUGUAUUUUACUGCUAGUGAGGAAACUUUACUUGCAAUUUAACCAACUCUAUUUGGACACA